AUGGUUCUCACUCACACAACAAACCACACCUACUCCCACCCGUUUCCUACCGUCACUCUCGCCUACUUUUUACGAUACUCGUCUCCUCAACUUAAUCCCUUCGCCGUCCAUGUUCUCAGCACCGACACCAUCGAGAACUAUGUCGAUCCAAAGACUAGCCGACUUCACACCACUCGCAUCCACUUGAAAAAGAGUCGAAUGCCCGGUGCUGUAUACAAGCUACUCCCUGCCAGUGUCACUGGUGGCGGCUCUGGCGAUAAGGCCUCAUACAUUCUGGAAACGAGUGUCGUCGAUAUCAAGGAGGGCUGGAUGAGGACGGAGAGCCGAAACCUCAACUUUACAGGUGUUCUGUCUGUUAUUGAGAAACAGGAGUUUAAUGUUCCUAACGAAGGCACUGUCCAGAAUCCCAACGAGACUGCUGUAACGACUAUGAUUCAUGUCAGAUCGAGAAUCGGAGACAAGAUUCGGGGCAAGUUGGGUCAAGCUCAAGAGGAUGGUUGGUUCAAGAAUGGCAUCAUCGGUAGCUGGGGUACGAAGGGUAUCCAGCGCAGUAUCGAGAGCAUCGCCUCUACCAAAACCCAGGAUCAGAUGGGCAAAAGCCGCGAUGGCAUGAAAAUGGUUCUCGAGCGCCUACGCAACAACGGUGUGAUGGGUGUCCUCGAGACGAUAAGGAGAGAACGUCAGCGUCAACUUGCUUGA